AUGUCUGGCAAAGACGGUACUAGCGGAGAAACCGGCUCCUCCGUCCCCUCCGUCCCCUCUGGGAGCUCAUACUACCCGUACCAGAUCAUCAAGUCUGGCGUCAACAAUGUAGGGAAUGGAUGGGACACCCGCAUUCGGCCUGGAGGCUUUGCCUCCCACUACUCCAAUGCUGAUGGCUCCUACUACUACUCCAAUGCCAACGGUACUACAUACUAUGACAAUGGCUACGGAGGCUCGAUCUAUACAGCUCCCAGUGGCUACGUCUACAAGAAGUGA